AUGAGGUGUUUCUCUUGUCUCGACACAAGAACCAAUGACAUGAGAAUCAACAUUGAUACCGCUUCAUACCUAACCAGUGGUUCCUCAUCAGUUGAUACAAGAAGCAAUGCAACAGGAGGAGGGUCGAAAUCUGGCAUUUUAGUUAAUGGGAGAGUGAAUAGCCCUAAACCAGGCGGUGGUGCAAGGAGUUUCACGUUCAAGGAGUUAGCCGCCGCAACCAAGAAUUUCCGGGAGGUGAAUAUGAUCGGAAGAGGAGGAUUCGGUAGUGUCUACAAGGGAUAUUUAUAUUCAGGACAAGUUGUGGCAAUCAAACAAUUAAACCCAGAUGGGCUUCAAGGAAAUCAAGAGUUCAUAGUGGAGGUUCUGAUGCUUAGUGUCUUCCACCAUCCAAACCUAGUAACUUUAAUCGGUUACUGUACUUCUGGUGCUCAGAGACUUCUUGUUUACGAAUACAUGCCAAUGGGUAGCUUAGAAGAUCAUCUUUAUGAUCUUGAGCCUGAUCAGAGACCACUAAGCUGGAACACUAGAAUGAAAAUAGCUCUUGGUGCAGCUCGUGGGAUUGAGUAUCUUCAUUGUAAAAUAAGCCCAUCUGUUAUAUACCGUGAUUUGAAGUCCGCAAACAUUUUGUUAGACCGAGACUUUAGUCCCAAACUAUCCGACUUUGGACUUGCUAAAGUCGGUCCUGUCGGUAACCGGACACAUGUGUCUACACGGAUCAUGGGUACUUACGGAUACUGUGCUCCAGAUUACGCAAUGAGCGGCAAGCUAACCACCAAAUCAGAUAUAUACUGCUUUGGUGUAGUGUUGCUUGAGCUUAUUACUGGUAAGAAAGCUGUUGAUAUGAGUAAACCACAAGGAGAGCAGUACCUUGUUGCAUGGGCUCGACCGUAUCUUAAGGACCCUAAGAAGUUUGGACAACUUGUGGACCCGUUACUGCGUGGAAAGUACCCUAAGAGGUGUCUUAGUUACGCGAUUUCUAUUACAGAGAUGUGUCUGAAUGAAGAAGCUAACCGGCGUCCGCAAAUAGGAGAUGUGGUGGUAGCUUUUGAGUAUAUAGCUGCUCAGAGCAAAUCUUAUGAAGAGAAAAGAGUGGCUCGCAAGUCUACGGACUCUGACCGGUCGAGAGGGGAAAGAAAACUGAGUUUCUAA